GUGCACACAGGCAUAUACAUGUUCAUGAUUGUGUUUAAUGACAAACCAUGAGAGGAAUUCUUCAGUGAGCAGAUAUGUACAAUGUACUACGAGAUAGCUAUGUCUAGUGCUUGGGAGAAGUAAGGUUGAGUCCUGAAUCUUAAUCAACAACAAGAGGCAGAAUGAACAGGGAUGCAAGUAAAGUGAAAGAGGUAUGGAACAAAAUCCAAAAUGGAGUCAACUCUACACCUACCAUGGUGUUUUCUGUGAUUGGUGACUCAGACAGUUUUGUCCCAAAACCUUGGCCAAAAACGGUGUUCCAGACGGCGCUGAUAGAGGCAGCAAAGAGUGGCGGAGAAACCUGGAUUUUGUACCGCGGCAAUGAGAAAGGAGUUUCAAGAUGCGUCAGGGAGGCCUACCAGAGUUAUGGAGACAUGGAAUUCGGGAAUAAAAACACAGGAGACGGAAUUGGUGUCAAUGAUACAAACAGGCAUAUCAAACUCAUCAGCAUAGCUAGAAAAGGGGCCUUCCGAACAGAAUAUUUAACCGAUCCUCACUUCGAGACCAAUGGUGAAGAUGAUGACAGUUUUCUUUUGGAGUUUGAAAAAUAUGUCUCCGAGCAAGACGUAUCAUUCUUCAGCCAGAAAAUGGACAUCAAAAUGCCUGUACCGAUAGCAGUAAUUGUAUGUGAAGGAGACAUUGACACUAUCGUCCACAUCUCAGAAGCGCUCAAAAAUAAACUUCCUGUAAUCAUAAUGAAGGGGUCGGGAAAAGCAGCAGACCUGGUUUUUGACUUUCUAGAAAACGAACGACAACUGAAAAAAAAGGCCAGCGUCUUAUUUGGCAUCCGAUUUGAUGAUAAGAAAUAUAGUGAACUAAAAGCACAUCUAGACACUAUCGAUGAAAACAGAGAUUUGGUCGGAGUAUUUGACCUUGACCAAGAUGACCCACUAAUGUUGUCAAAUAUUGUGGGGGAGGCUGUGGUCAGUUGUUGGUCGAUGGAGAAUAUUCUCCAAAGAAACAACGCUAAUGGUUUGGAGUUCGCAAAUUCACAUAACCUGCGCCCUAAAACGGCAAUUCCUGACUCUCAAACGAACGGAACCACGAUAAAAGGGUCUUCGCUAGCCUGGAAACUUCUGCGAAGAAACUCUGUCAACCCCGAAAAAAAGAUUAUAUAUCAGAUUUUAGGAGGAUUCAAAUUGGAAUCCAGACCUUACGUGUUGAAUCCGAAAAUCUCCACUCCCACGUCGCUUCCAUUGUAUUUCUAUUUCGGAUAUCAGCUUCUGCAAGAAUCAGAUCUUUUGGAGGAAUGUGGACCUGUGCUUCUUUUGGAAGCAUUGAAAGCAAACCGAUGUGAUUACGUUAGAGUUUUACUGGACCAGAGGGUAAAAUUUGAUCCAAAAAAUUUACCAGAGUUGUAUGAGCAGACAGUGUCAUGCAAAGACUGUAAAUUUAAAUCAGAAGAUUGUCUGCAUAUGCAGUGGAUAUUGAAGCAAAUCGAAGAGAAACACGCAAAAAGAAUGUGUCACAAGUAUAGGUCUAAAGUCAUGAAAAUGAACAGUAAGAAAGUGGGAGAACAGCAGAAAUAUAUAGAAGAAAAGAUAGAAGAACUUCACCUGCCUGUGGCAAAAUCAGCUGAAGCACUAUGUCGAGAAAUCUUACGAUACGAAGAAUUCGCAAAAGACUCAUCCACAGAGGACGAUAAUAUUUCUCUCAUUUUACUUUGGGCCAUUUUUGCAAAUCGAAAGGAAUUGGCUGAAAUUUAUUGGCUGAGAGGAAAAAACCAUCUAUUGACUGGAUUAGUGUGUUCGGCUAUUCUCAAAAAGCUAUCAAAGAAAGCGAACAAUGUCAAAGAACAAGUAUUGUCGAAUGACUUGGAGGAACAUUCAAAAUUGUUUGAACAACGGUGCCUUGGUAUUAUGGAUAGAAUGUACGAUGAAAACGCAGAACAAGCCAUUGAUUUGAUGGACACAGAGGCAGACAUUUGGGGGAUUCACUCUUGUCCUCUCACCUUUGCUUACGAAAAUUUUAUGUACGAUGUAGUAGCUCAUACGUGUUCUCAGAAGAAUAUGAACAGACAGUGGUAUAACAAUUUGGCCCCUGACUUGAAACCUUUCUUGAAGUCUGCAAUCAGAAAGCCUCGCAUGUUCCUUUCGGCACCAUUAACAAAGUAUAUGUUUAAUUAUGUGAUGUUUUUCAUAAUGCUCGUGAUUUAUAGCUCAUUUGUACUCACAAGCAUUAGCACCAAAUAUUACGAGAAGAAUAUUGGCAAGUUGUUUGAGUACAUUGUAUAUGCAUGGGGCGCUGGGGAUUUCUCUGAAAAACUCAUCAGCUGUUUUGGUUUUCUGGAAGAGAGAGGUCGUUCUCACAGAAGUAAAUGGUCACGUGCGAAAAGAUACCUGUACGACUUCUGGAAUGUGGUGGAUCUACUGUCCUAUUUCUUACUUAUAGCAGCGGUCCUUGUCUAUUACCUUGAAAUAACAGAUACGUACAUUGUCUCCAGACGAAUGUUUGGCCUUUCUCUUCUAGUUAUGUACUUGAGGUUUCUGGAAGUGUUUCUUGUCUUUAGAAAACUUGGACCUACACUGCUUAUGAUUAAGGAAAUGCUGAAGGAUCUACUCGGUUUCCUAUCCAUUGCUGUCUUUGUGGUACUAGGAGUUGGAAUCUAUUACCAUGCAAACCUCUGGCCAGACCACCAGACAAUAUGGAGCGGUGAUUGGACCAACUGGAGGAUAUGGACCAUCAUAUACUACCCAUACUGGCAGCUCUACGCAGAGUUGAAUCUUGAUCAACUUGAUGGAAGUGACCAAUCAGAUUGCACAAACGUGACCUCUGUAUGGGAGUCUGACACGUCCAUCAAUCGAUGUCCACAAGAAGACUGGACUGUACAAGCUGUAGCGGCGAUCUAUCUGUUGUUCUCCAAUCUCCUGUUGGUCAACCUUGUUAUCGCCAUGUUCAGCUACACUUUUGAGAGGGUUCAGAAUGACUCGGAGAAGCUAUGGCGUUUUGAGAGAUACACCGUGAUCAAUGACUACAAAUGGCGAAUACCGUCUCCAUUUAACCUGUUUUUCAUGCCUUACCGAUGCUUCUGUUUACCGGAAAGAAAGGGUUGUUGCCUACAAAAGUGCAGAGAGAUUUGCUGUAAGGAUGCAGUGAAAAAAGAAAACAAAAUCAAAGCAGACAAUGAAGCAUAUCAAAGAAAUUUUCAAAGAAUUACAGCACUAAAAAUAAACAACAAAAUAUAAGGAAUGAACAUAUGUUAAAUAAGCUUCUGUAAUGAUUUUUGAGGAACAGCAAAAAUAACAAGUUGAUGUAAGCUAUGCUAUGUUUGAAAGUAAAAUAAAGAGACCAGUAUCCAGUGUGUUAAAAUAUAUUUUUAAUUUCAAAGUGCUUAUCUCUGUUUUGUUUUACUGAUGUUUGUCUUUCAUAUGAAAUAGUAUU